AGAGAGAAGGCAGCCAAAACAUAAGAAACUAGAGCUUUGAGCAUUUGAGGCCUGAAAUCACAAAGCAAAUAAAAAAAUGCCGAUUUCCAGAAUUGCGAUCGGAGGUGCGAGUGAGUUUAGUCAGGCCGAUGCUCUUAAGGCAGCCUUGGCUGAGUUCAUCUCGAUGCUCAUCUUUGUCUUUGCCGGCGAAGGCUCCGGCAUGGCUUUCAAUAAGCUCACAAACAAUGGUGCGGCAACACCAGCAGGGCUGGUGUCAGCAUCAAUAGCUCAUGCCUUUGCGCUGUUCGUGGCGGUCUCUGUUGGAGCCAACAUUUCUGGUGGUCACGUGAAUCCCGCUGUUACCUUCGGUGCUUUUGUUGGUGGUCACAUUACCCUCCUUAGAAGCGUUUUGUACUGGAUUGCCCAGUUGCUGGGUUCUGUGGUUGCUUGCUUGCUCCUUAAAUUUGCCACUGGUGGACUGGAAACUUCGGCAUUCGCACUGUCAUCAGGAGUGGGAGCAUGGAACGCAGUGGUGUUUGAGAUAGUGAUGACUUUUGGUUUGGUUUACACAGUGUACGCAACGGCAGUGGACCCAAAGAAGGGAGACAUCGGCAUAAUAGCCCCAAUCGCAAUUGGUUUCAUAGUGGGUGCCAACAUCCUGGCUGGCGGUGCCUUUGACGGUGCGUCCAUGAACCCAGCGGUGUCUUUUGGACCUGCCGUGGUUAGCUGGACAUGGGCCAACCACUGGGUCUAUUGGCUUGGUCCAUUUGUUGGGGCCGGUAUUGCCGCCCUGGUCUAUGAGCUUUUCUUCAUCAACCAAAACGCUCACGAGCCACUCCCCACCACUGACUAUUAGCAAGCUGGGGCUUUAUAUAUUUAGGUGUUUAACCACCCACUGUGUUUAAGUUGAAAGUGGGUGUGUUUAUUUGGCUUCAAAUUGCGAGGUUCUCUCUGUUGUUUUUCGUCUUGUUGCCUUUUUUUUUUUUUUUUUGCUGUUAAUUUCGGUUCACUCUGUACUGCUUUGUAAAUCACUUCAAUCCACUACUGUUCAUUUUCUGUUUUUCCUAA